AUGGCUGACAUAUCGCGUGAGAAGGAGGAUGAGUUGGCGUCUAAGAUACUGGAGCGUGCGCAAUUGGCGCAGAUGCGGAGACAGCUGAAAAUUGGGCUGAGUAAAGUGCCUAGUGAGACGCGUGAUGAUGAGCAAUAUGAAGAGAACCAUACGAAGGCGGAUAUAACAGAUGAUUCUACUGAUAACUACACUUUAGGGAGUGCUUAUAGUGCUACACCAAGAUCGAGAGCCAGUAUGGUGAGUCCCAGAAAGAGACAAUCUGGUGAUCCACGAGAAAUGAGUGCUAUAAUGAAUGCCUCACCUCUGAAAAAAGUGCUGCUCGAUGGCAUAAAGGAUGGUGAGUCUAGCGAAAAUGUAAGUCCUGUUUCCAGAAGAUUUGUGAGACCUUCUACUCCGCCAAAGACUGCCUCUAGACCAGCGUCUGUACAUAUACCACAGAAAUCAAGCUAUGAUAACCGGACUCCUACAACACCAAAAUUAACUAACGCACACACGGCUUUCACAAAUAGUCUCAACUCAGCUGAGAAAAAUGCAAUGACUAAGGCAGACACUGCCACAUUAACUAAAGUACCUAGUACGCCUAAACGUGGUAAUUCCUCUCAAAAGAAGCAAGCUGGUGUUAACAAGAAUAAUACAGACGAUAGCACUGGUGCUGAUUUAUUGAUGUACCUUGCUACUAGUCCGUACUCUUCAGCUAGAGCUCACAAUACAACUUACAAUAGAAAGAACUCAGUGUCAUCCGUGACUAAGGUUCCUACAACACCAUAUACAUCACUAUACAUGUCUCAUUCACAUACUCAAGAGAUGAAUGACGAUGCCGUACGAUUCUCCGCAUUGAAGGCUUCAUUAAACUCUCCUCAAUCUACUUUUAAAGUACCACAUGUUGUUGGCUCCCAAGCCAAUAAUGGUCAAUGGUUCCCUGAUAUUUUGAUGGACUCCCCAUCACUGUAUCUAGGAUCUGCUUUAUCUCCUUCAGCUAAUAAGAAGAAAUUGGCCUCGCCCGGACCCGGGUCUGGUAGUGGGCAUGCGGUCUCCACUCACUUGCCAGUACCUUCUACUCCAUCGCGUGAACUUCACCACCAAACCAAUACAAACUUAUUGAAAACUCCAAAUUUCAAUAUGGGUGAUUAUUUACAGAACAUAUUUAGUCCAUCCCCUCAAGUAUCACUAAAUGACCUUGGAAAUUCCCACAUGACUGAAAUGCAAGCCAAAUCUGCAUUAGCAGUCGGUCCUGUGGAGGGGGGCUCUGUACACUCAUCGCCCACUAGAAUAGCUAGCGACGUUUGA